AUGAAGGCACCGAACGUCCUGGUCACUGGGUCCUCGGGGCAUCUCGGACAUGCUCUCAUGCUGGAACUACCGGGCUGUGGCUAUGUGCCCAUCGGGAUUGACAUUCUGCCUUCGGGUCAUACCAGCUUGGUUGGAAGCAUUUCAGAUCGUGAUUUUAUCGCGGGAAUCUUCGCGAGACAUACAUCGCUUCGAUAUGUGCUCCACGCAGCCACUCUACACAAGCCUCAUGUCGCUUCUCACAAGAAGGAAGAAUUCCUUGAAACGAAUGUAAAAGGCACAUUGAUACUUCUGGAGGAGGCAAGCAAGACUGGUCGCAUUGAUGCCUUCGUCUUCACCAGCACAACUUCUACUUUCGGCUCUGCUCUAGCACCAAACCCUGGGCAGCCUGCAGCAUGGAUCGACGAGACAGUCACACCCAAACCAAAGAACAUCUAUGGAGCUACGAAAGUCGCUGCAGAAGAUCUUUGCCAGCUGGUACAAUCGGAAACGAAGAUGCCCACCCUGGUCCUGAAGACUUCUCGAUUCUUUCCUGAGCCUGACGAUAACGAGGCUUCGAGGCUCGCUUACGAUGACGACAAUCUUAAAGUCAACGAGCUUCUCUACCGGAGGGCAGAUAUCUCAGAUAUUGUCAGCGCUCACAUAUGCGCCAUGAGACGAGCGAAGGACAUCGGCUGGGCCAAGUACAUCAUCAGCGCACCGCCACCUUUCCAGAAGAGGCCUGUGUUGCUCAGCAAGCUGGAUUCGAACGCUCCUGAGGCUAUAAAAGCGACAGUCCCAAAGCAUGCAGAAAUGCUUGUUCAGCAUGGCUGGAAAUUACCUGAUAGGCUGGAUCGGGUUUACGAUUCGUCCAAGGCAGUACGAGAUCUGGAGUGGAGGCCCAAAUACACAUUUGAACAUGCUGUUGAAUUGAUCAGUCAAGGCUUCGACUAUCGGAGUGAUCUGACCCAUAGAAUCGGAAAGAGAGGUUACCAUGCCGUACCUACAGGCGUGUAUACGUCUUGA